AUGUCUGAAAGUGAUGACAGUGAGAGUGAUUAUUGGUCAGAUGAUUCAAGCUUCAUAUUUGAAGAAGAAUGGAUCAUUAAUGGGUCAGAACAGGACAAGGUUAUGGAACUUUUCUCUGGGCCAAGAAGAAAGAAAGAUGACAAUUUAACCCAAGCUGUUCCGAUGUUGCUGCUGCUAAAAGCUGGAUGGGCAGUCAAGCUUUCUACUUGCUUGGCUGCUAUCCCAAGGUUUCUUGCUUUGGCAUUGGGUUGCAGAAUGCUUGUGGCGAUUGUUGUUGUUAUUGCAAGUAUGCUACAGACAAGUUUUGGUGUAGCAGUACUUGUUCCUGUCCUCUGA